AGGCAACAGUGACUCGAGGUGGAACGGACCGGAGGGGACCUGGGGGAGACAAAGGGGGUCGGGAUAGGGCGACUCGGGGCGGUGUUCGGCAAGAGUGGCUGAGGCACGGGUGGGGGGUAAUGGGCGAGCUGCCGAGCUAGGGUGCCCCCUGCACCGCAGCUGACCGACAACGACCGUGCCCUGUGGGACUGCCCGGACGGCAGCAGCAGCAGCGGUCAUCAUGACGAGCACGGCAGCGUCGGGCGGUCCGCCCCCAGCAGACGGACGAGAGGAGCAGGAGGCAAACGAGACUCCAUCUCCAUCACCGACGUCGUCGGAGCCUCGGGGCUCCGUGUCGAGCAUGGCCGGCAGCUAUGCGGGCGACGGGCCCAGCGCUGGACUUCAGUCGCUGCUCUUUGCCUUCGCUCGCACCUUCCUGUGCCUCUUCCCCACCUACCUGGCCGGCUGCCUGGGCAUGAGCUUCAGCUGGAUCCUGCUGGGAGUGGUCGUGUGGCUGGGGUACAAGCGCAUUCGAGCCAACAAGAAGCAGUUGCUGCUCAAGAGACAGCAGCUCAGCAACUUUGAAGAGAUGUGCAUUCGCUCCGGGAUCAAGCACCAGGAUCUGCCCGCCUGGGUGCAAUUCCCAGAUGUGGAGCGAGUGGAAUGGCUGAACAAAGUGUUGGUGCAAGUGUGGCCUUUCUUUGGGCGCUACAUGGAAGGAGUGUUCCGGCAGGCGAUUGAACCGGCUGUGCGUGGAUCAACCGAUUACCUUAAGACAUUCACCUUUACCAAGCUCCACUUUGGAGAGGAGCCAUUUAAGGUGACUGGAAUAAAGACAUAUUCGCAGAAUGUGGACAAGAGGCAGAUUAUCCUUGACCUGCAAAUCAGUUACGUGGGUGACUGUGAUAUCAAUGUGGAAAUCCCCAAGUACUUCUGCAAAGCUGGAGCCAAGAAAGUACAGCUCCACGGCUCUCUGCGCGUCAUCCUGGAGCCCCUCAUCAGCCAGGUGCCGUUCUUCGGAGCGCUUACGUUCUUCUUCAUUCGCCGGCCGCAAUUGAAGAUCAACUGGACAGGACUGACCAAUCUGCUAGACAUCCCAGGGCUCAACAACAUGUCGGAUUCCAUGAUUACCGACCAGAUCGCCAAUCUCAUGGUGCUGCCCAACCGCUUCACAGUGCCCAUCGUGGGUGACUUGGAGCUUGCGCAACUCCGUUUUCCUAUCCCUAAGGGUGUGCUGAGGAUACACCUGAAGGGGGCACGUGACCUUCAGCGGAAGGACAACCUUUUGAAAGGGAUGAUUAAGGGCAAGUCCGAUCCUUACACGGUGCUUCACGUGGGCCCGCAAAGAUUCCAGAGCAAGACUAUUCCAGAGAACCUGCACCCUGUCUGGAACGAGAUCUAUGAGGCCAUUGUGCAUGAGGUUCCAGGUCAGGAGCUAGAGGCCACCCUGUUUGACGAGGACCCUGACAAGGAUGACUUUCUGGGCAGUCUGACUAUUGACUUGAAUGAGGUGGCAAAGGAGCGUGUUGUGGAUGAGUGGUUUGUGCUGGAUGAGGUGGACACGGGGCAGUUGCACCUCAAGCUGGAGUGGCUCUCACUGCUCACCGAUGCCAGCAGCCUGAACGAGAUUCUGGGCAGCAUUCGUGCCGGCCCAGGUCAGGCCAACGAUGGGCUCUCUUCGGCCCUGCUCGUCGUGUACCUUGACUGCGCACGGAACCUGCCGUCUGGCAAGAAGGGCACCAGCCAUGAGCCCAGCCCAUUCGUGCAGCUCUCCGUCUCUCACACCACAUUUGAAAGCAAGAUUUGUUACAACACGAAUGACCCAGUCUGGGAGCAGCCAUUCACCUUCUGCAUCCACAACCCCACUGACCAAGAUCUCGACAUAGAGGUGAAAGACGACGAUCGGCAGUGCUCCCUCGGCUCUUUCAACCUGCCUCUGAAGCGCUUGCUCGCAGCCAAUGGCAUGACUCUGGACCAGGCCUUCCAGCUGAGCAACUCUGGGCCAAACAGCGUCAUCAAGAUGAAACUGGCUCUUAGGAUUUUGAAAGUGAUGCCUAAGGAAGAAAACGUCAUUCAGGAUGGGCAGAACCUGGUUCGGAAGAAAGUAGGAAAGCCUCGUGGCAAGAAAAAGGAUGCAACAGGGGCUGGCCCUAAGGCCAAUGGCAUGGGUCGCACUGUGGCCGGAGGGGCAGGGGGCUCCCACUCGUCUCUAAUUACCGACAAAGGAGGCGAGGGGCCCCAUGCGCAGGAAGGGCUUUCACCUGGAUUACACGCGGCCACGAGGCUAGCGGCUGGGCCAGGGAAGGAGCCAACGCCGAGCAUUGCGUCGGAUAUGUCCGUGCCGGCUUCCACGCAGGAGCUCCGUCGCCGCGUCCGGCAGAUGCAGGAUGGGACUAGUCUUGGAGAGUUUCCUCUCGGGCAGAUUCAGCUCACCAUCCGACACAGCGCACAGCGCAAUCAGCUUGUUGUGGUUGUGCACGCAUGCAAAAACCUUCUGGCACCAACGGAUGAAGGGGCAAAUGUGUACGUGCGCAUAUAUAUGCACCCAAACCGCAGGCGGCUGGGGAAAAGGAAGACUUCAACUGUUAAGAAGUCUGUCAACCCUGUCUUCGAUGAGACAUUGGAGUUCACGAUGACACUUGCCGAAGCGAAGGAAAAACACAUUCUAGAUCUGGCAGUCAAGCAUGAUGGGGGAUUCCUGGCCAAGGAGGAACUGUUGGGAAAGCUUCAGAUUGACGUGCAGUCCCUAGACCUGACAAAAGGCACCACUAACUGGUACGACUUGACGGUGGACGGCGACAUCCUCAAGAACAAGUGAAGGAGGGAGCGAGAUCACUGCCUUGGGGUCCUUUCACUUGGCUAUGCCUUAUUACCACGCAUUGCUGUUACAUAUUUACGGCUGUUUUUAUAGGUUACUCAAACUUUUUUUAUCUUAAAGUUUUAAAUCAAAAAGGCGUUAUCUAUGUUUUUACAUACUUACGUGUUGUCUGCGUGGUAGCAAAUGUUACUGGUUGCUGCCCUGCGCUGAUCAUGAAAAUUACAAAGCCUCUGCUGGCUCACUUCACUUUUAAAGCCACUGAUGCCAAAGCCCAGCUUACAAGUUCUCCUUCAGCAGCUACACCUACAAAAACAUCUGCUCAUAGCUAAUUUCUAUGCAUAUUGUGGCUCUGGACACUUGAGCAGGUUAACAACUUAACAUCUUAACAUAUCUAGGACUCACAAAUUUCAAGACCCAAAUUGACCACAUGACUGACAAAAUAAAACAAUUGUAUUCCUAUACAGAAACCAACGCUGUAUUCCACCUCGACUCCAUCUGAAUAUAGUUAAAGCCACCAUCCUGCCCAUAUUUUAUUGUGACACCAUCGACCACCUAGCUUCUGAAUCUACCUUAAAAUGUCUCAUUCCAUUAUACCACUCCGCUCUCCAUUUUGCCAUUGAUAACUAUAGGUCUCAUCAUUGCAACCUGCACAUGCCCCCUGGGUAUCUUGAGACCAUCACCAGGCUGUCUUCAACCUAAAGAUUAUCUUAAACAAAUCUGCCAAUUACCUAAAAGGACCAUUUUGUCCUCUCUAACGCCUCCCUAUAGCAUCAGAAGUGCCUCCUGAUUCCGUUUAACACGACUAAAUAUUCCAUUGGCUAAAACUUUGGUAAAAAGAAAUUCCGUGUUAAACCACGUUUUUGGAAUACCCUUGGCCACUAAUCUACAUCUUGGUUCCGUCCCUUCUCGCCCCCUCUUUGCUCUCCUACUAAACCAAAACAGAGCUUACUUGCACUGGUACCGAACACUUUGGGCGCCUUACUCCCACGUUUGCACUGGCUUUCGAUUCACAUGUGUAUGUUACUUUUAGACUCAAAUAGAGCUUAGGUGCAUCUGUGUCUAAAUAUUCCUAUGACACUUGCACUGUUUGUGCCCCGUGUGCGUUUCGUUUAUGACUUAAAUAUCUCGUUUGUUGUGCAAUAUUUAUUAAGGACCCUGUAUUUGCUCUCUGAAAUUUCGACGUUUGUUUUGUUACCGUGCUCACACAACGCGGAUCUUCCUUGUAAAAUAGCUGGAAAACUGCCAGUGUUAAGGAGAAUGGUUUGUGCACGUUAUUUUGUUCAUCUGCUACCAGUGUAAUUUCACAACGAAAUGUUACAUUUUGCAUCAUCACAUACCGGAGUAAAGUGAAAUGAGUUAAGCCACAUCAGUUCCACAUUUUCUGGCUCAUUUUCCUCAGUUAUUACCGUUUUACGGUGUGUUUUUUUUAUCGAAUUGGUACUUUUAUGGCGCAUUUCUUUAAAUUGUGUUUCCCUAGUUUGUGACAGGACCAGCGCACGUGCACCAAAGUGACUAUAGCACAGCGCUGUUACCCACUUCCCUUGGGUAUCCAUAAUCUCUGAAGCACCUGUGCUGGAGCAUGUGUGCACAUCUGCUGAGGGCCCACUGCUACAUUUUUAAGUGCUCUGUAAUUUUUAUGUUACAUUAAACAUAUGUAAACUAUUAAA